AAUAACCCUGGGUGGGAUCCUCUGCCUGUUCCCCUCACCCCAUCCAGACCUGUUCUUUGCUUGGCUCCUUCCUCCCUUGCACUGCUGGUCCCCCACUGUCCCCAGAUUCCUCUCUUAGCUGCCACACCGGCAGCUCCAAAUUUCCCCUCAAGCUUUAACAUUAAACAGUAAGUAUUUAUUUAAUUUGAUUUUCCGUUUUCCUUAUCACAUCGGAUGACCGGAGGAUGAAAGAUCAACACGUGAAUAUGGAAUAAUUUACUUCGUGGGACAUGGACAUUUUUUUCUGUAACUAAUGAGUUGAUUUGGAUUGGAUAUACUGAAGCUAUCCCCAGUCAGCUCUACAUGAGGAGGCUUGGUUCAUCUCUCUGAGAUAGUCUUCACAUCACCAUGGCUGAAGGAGCCAAACCCCCCUCGGUGAGUGCAGCCGGGGGCUCCAGCAGAGCUUCACAGCCAAGCUCUCUCAGAUUGAAAGGUCUGGAGCUCCUCAGAAAGGUCAAAGUCUCUGUGGAGCUGCUGAUUGCACUGGCUGCUCUCCUGUCCUGGGUGGUGGUGGGUGUGGUGAUGUUUGACUUUGUAGAAUACAAAGCAGUACCAGAUGUCCACCAAAUCAUUACGGACCCUGUCCAAGCUGUGAACGACGCUGUAGAUGAGGUAUCCAGUCUCCUCAAAAAGUUCCAAGAAUGUGCUCCUGAUUUAAGUAACCCCUCAUCUGCUGUGUCUUACGCUGCUGAAGAGGUUAUAGAAGCAAAAGAUGCAUUUGUUCGAUAUUUUUCAGAUGACGAAGGAACCUUCUACCCCAGCUACAUCAAUCCUGUAGUAAUUGGAAGAAGAGCUUUCCAUUCAACCAAUGACUUCAUGUGUGGGAUGAUUGGCUCCUUCAAGAAUACACUGUGUGUUAUUGUGGAUACUGUAAUCAAUGCAGAGUUGGACAUAAGAAAAGGAACCACUGACAUUAGCUUCAUUGACCCUCUGGUACUCGGCAGGACAUUUUUCAAUGUUAUAAAUGACGCUGUUGGUGGAAUAAUGGGCUACAUCCAGGAAAUACUCUGUGCCAUAUUAGACACCGUGCUUGAUAUUUCUAAAGGAACAGCAGACAUCAGCUAUGCCGACCCUGUGGUCAUUGGCAGGAAUUUUUUCAGUUUCACAAAUGAUGCUGUGAGUGGAAUAGUGGGCUACAUUCAGGACAUACUUUGUGCUAUUUUAGAUACCAUAUUGGAUAUCUUUAAAGGAACCAUUGACAUCAGAUUUGUUGACCCAGUGGUCAUUGGCAGAAAUAUAUUCCAUAUUCUUAAUGAAUUUGUGAGUGAAAUCACAGGAUACAUCCAGAAUGUGCUUUGUGUUAACUUGGAUGUGGUACUGGACACAUUAAAAGAAAUCCAGGAGGCUGUGGGAUUCAGCCCCUUAACAGCUCUGAAGACAACAGCAGAAAUGAUCAAAGAACAAAUCAACAUAAUAAUAAGCUACCUCUCCACAACGCUAAUAGGUGAACAAGCGAUCAUUCCAGACGUUUCUGUGGACCCGAUGAAAGUUGUUGAGGAUGCAGUGUUGGAAUUUACCGACAAGAAGGAGUUGUUCUUGGGUUACAUGUCAAGUAUGCUUGGCGGGGAUCAAGGUGAGCCUGUCACUCCUCCGGUUGUAAAUGUUGUCACUGAAAAAGAAAGCUCUGAAACUGUUGUUUCUCCAUCCGAUAUCAAUCUGGUGAGAAAGAAAGGGGAAUUUCUACCUCCGCUUGAAAAAGUUGCAGAGAUGAUGCAUGCUGUCGAAGAUGAGGCUUCCUCUGCUGCAGUUGAGGCUGAGGCUGAAGAGGCCACUGGAGCUGCCGGUGAAGCAAGAGUGACCAAAGCAGAGGAAGAUGAGGUGAAACAUAUUGAAGAAAUGCAACGCAAGCUUUCACUGAAAGAGGAAAUCAUAGAUGUUGAAUUUGAGAAGGACAGAACUGUCGAAGAAGAAGAGACUGUAGAUGAGAUUCCAUCAAAGCAAGAUGCAGAACAACUAGUGCAUGAGGAAGGCCAAGAGGAAGAAGAAUGGAAAUUAAAAACAGGACAAGAACAAGAGGAGAAUGAAGUUAAAAUAGAGGAUAUCUUGGUAGAAGAAGAAGAUAAAGAGACACCAAAAAAAGAGGAAGAGUUGGAAGACCAAGAGGAGGAAGAGGAGAAACAUAAGAUUGAAGCAAUAGUAGAAGAUAAAUUAGAGAAACAAGAGCAGGAACCUAAAACUAAGGAGGCUUUGGUAGAGGGUGAGGAGACUGAGGUGAAGGAAGAAAUAAAAAGGGAAGGCAUGGCACAAGAUCAGGAGAAAGAAGAGGAAUCCAAAGCCGACGAGGAAUUAAUUGACAGUGAUGGGGAAGAUGACAGAACUCUGUAUGAAGGUGGUGAAGAAGGUUUAGAAAAACAGCCUUCAGUUCAACAACUUGACCUUCUGCUAUCCAAAACCCCUGUUAACGACAGUGCUGGACCCGAGUCUGGUGAACACAAAGAGGAAAAAGUAGGAAUAUCUCCAGCAUCUGAUUACACUGAAGAUUAUACUGAACUAAAGCAUGAUCAUGAUGAAAACAACAACAACAGCGAGACCAAAAAGGCUAAACCUGAACUAAAGAGGAAGACUCAGAUUCCUUUUGAAAAGCAGAAGAAAGCUGACUCCAAAACGCCACUAAAGGAACACAUUGACCGGUAUAAGACAGAAGACACGUCUGUUAAGAAGCCUCCAAAAAAUAGAGUUAAAGAAAAGGAAGCUCCAAUUCUUGAAAAGAAAAAGGAUCUCAAAGACAAACAAGAAGAAGGUGAAAUUCCAAAAGAAAAAAUAAAGAUAGAAAGACCUACCAAAGGAAAAAAAGAUGAAAGGCAGCCUCCCACAGAAGAAAUAAAGGUCAAGAUGUCUCGCAAAGAAGAAAUAAAGGUUGAAAAACCGUCCAAAGAAGAAGCAAAGGUCCCAAAGUCUGUCAAAGAAGAAGACAAGGCCAAGAAGCUUUCAAAAGAAAAAAUAAAGGUUGAGAAGCCUUCCAAAGAAGAAAUAAAGGUAAAGGCUGAGAAGCCUUCCAAAGAAGAAAUCAGGGUCAAGAAGCCUGUCAAAGAAGGAGAAAAGGCCAAGAGGCUUCCUGAAGAAAAAAUAAAGAUAGAAAGACCUACCAAAGGAAAAAAAGAUGAAAGGCAGCCUCCCACAGAAGAAAUAAAGGUCAAGAUGCCUCGCAAAGAAGAAAUAAAGGUUGAAAAACCGUCCAAAGAAGAAGCAAAGGUCCCAAAGUCUGUCAAAGAAGAAAACAAGGCCAAGAAGCUUCCAACAGAAAAAAUAAAGGUUGAGAAGCCUUCCAAAGAAGAAAUCCAGGUAAAGUCUGAGAAGCCUCCCAAAGAAGAAGUCAAGGUCAAGAAGCCUGUCAAAGAAGAAGAGAAGGCCAAGAGGCUUCCUGAAGAAAAAAUAAAGGUUGAGAAACCUCCCAAAGAAGAAAUAAAGGUUGAGAAACCUCCCAAGGAAGAAAUCCAGGUAAAGGCUGAGAAGCCUCCCAAAGAAGAAGCACAGAUCAAGAAGCCUGUCAAAGAAGAAGAGAAGGUCAAGAAGCUUCCUGAAGAAAAAAUAAAGGUUGAGAAACCUCCCAAAGACGUAAUACAGGUUGAGAAACCUCCCAAAGAAGAAGUCAAGGUCAAGAAGCCUGUCAAAGAAGAAGUGAAGGCCAAGAGGCUUCCUGAAGAAAAAAUAAAGGUUGAGAAACCUCCCAAAGAAGAAAUAAAGGUUGAGAAACCUCCCAAGGAAGAAAUCCAGGUAAAGGCUGAGAAGCCUCCCAAAGAAGAAGUCAAGGUCAAGAAGCCUGUCAAAGAAGAAGAGAAGGCCAAGAGGCUUCCUGAAGAAAAAAUAAAGGUUGAGAAACCUCCCAAAGAAGAAAUAAAGGUUGAGAAACCUCCCAAGGAAGAAAUCCAGGUAAAGGCUGAGAAGCCUCCCAAAGAAGAAGCACAGAUCAAGAAGCCUGUCAAAGAAGAAGAGAAGGUCAAGAGGCUUCCUGAAGAAAAAAUAAAGGUUGAGAAACCUCCCAAAGACGUAAUACAGGCUGAGAAACCUCCCAAAGAAGAAAUAAAGCUAGAAAUGCUUCCCAAACAAGAAAUAAAAGUUGAGAAGACUCCAAAAGACGAAAUUAAGGUUGAUAAGCCUCCAAAAGCGGAAAUUAAGGUUGAGAAGCCCCCACAAGAAGAAAUAAAGGUUGAGAAACCUCCCAAAGAAAAAAUAAAGGCUGAGAAGCCUCCCAAAGAAGAAGCACAGAUCAAGAAGCCUGUCAAAGAAGAAGAGAAGGUCAAGAGGCUUCCUGAAGAAAAAAUAAAGGUUGAGAAACCUCCCAAGGAAGAAAUCCAGGUAAAGGCUGAGAAGCCUCCCAAAGAAGAAGUCAAGGUCAAGAAGCCUGUCAAAGAAGAAGAGAAGGCCAAGAGGCUUCCUGAAGAAAAAAUAAAGGUUGCGAAACCUCUCAAAGAAGAAAUAAAGGUUGAUAAACCUCCCAAGGAAGAAAUCCAGGUAAAGGCUGAGAAGCCUCCCAAAGAAGAAGUCAAGGUCAAGAAGCCUGUCAAAGAAGAAGAGAAGGCCAAGAGGCUUCCUGAAGAAAAAAUAAAGGUUGAGAAACCUCCCAAGGAAGAAAUCCAGGUAAAGACUGAGAAGCCCCCCAAAGAAGAAGCACAGAUCAAGAAGCCUGUCAAAGAAGAAGAGAAGGUCAAGAGGCUUCCUGAAGAAAAAAUAAUGGUUGAGAAACCUCCCAAAGACGUAAUACAGGUUGAGAAACCUCCCAAAGAAGAAAUAAAGCUAGAAAUGCUUCCCAAACAAGAAAUAAAGGUUGAGAAGCCUCCAAAAGAAGAAAUUAAGGUUGAGAAGACCCCACGAGAAGAAAUAAAGGUUGAGAAGCCUCCCAAAGAAGAAGCAAAGGUCGUAAAGCCUGUCAAAGAAAUGAAGGCCAAAAAGCUUCCAAAACAUAAAAUACAGUUUAAGAAACCUCCAAAAAAAGAAAUAAAGGUCAAGAAGCCCCGAAAAGAAGAAAUUAAGGUUGAUAAACCUCCCAAAGCACAAAUAAAGGCAGUGAAACAAGAGAAAAAAGAACCGAAGCCUCCUAAACCAACAAAAGAGUCAGAAAAGCCUAAGAAAGAACAGAAGGAAGAAAAGAAACCCCCUAAAGAAAAGAAAGAGGAAAAGAAACUUCUCAAAGAAGAAAUAAAGGUUGAGAAGCCUCCUAAAAAAGAAACAGUGGUCAAGAAGUCUCCCAAACAUGAAAUAAAGGUAAAGAUGCCUCUCAAAGAAGAGGCAAAGGUCCUAAAGCCUCUCGAAGAAGAAAUGAAGAUGAAGAAGCCCCCAAAAGAAGAAAGAAAGGUUAAGAAGUCUCUAAAAGAAGAAAUAAAGGUUGAGAAACCUCCCAAAAAAGAAAUUCAGGUUGAAAAACUUCCAAAAGUAAAAGUAAUGGUCAAAAAGCCUCCCAAAGAAGAAAUAAAGGUUGCGAAACCUCCCAAAGAAGAAAUAAAGGUUGAGAAACCUCCAAAAGAAGAGAUAAAGGUCAAGAAAACUCCAAAAGAAGAAAUAAAGGUUGAGAAACAUCCUAAAGAAGAUAUAAAGAUCAAGAAGUCUCUACAAGAAGAAAUAAAGAUCAAAACGCCUCCACAGGAGGAAAUAAAAGUUGAGAAGCCUCCCAAAGAAGAAAUAAAGGUUGAGAAACCUCCCAAAGAAGAAAUGAAGGUCAAGAGGCCUCGAAAAGAAGAAAUAAAGAUUGAGAAACUCACCAUGGAAGAAAUAAAGAUUGAAAGACCUCCCAAAGAAGAAAUAAAGGUUGAGAAACCUCCAAAAGAAGAAAUAAAGGUAAUGGUUGAGAAUCGUUCCAAAGAAGAAACAAAACUCCCAAAGCCUGUCAAAGAAGAAGAGAAGGCCAAAAAGCUUCCUAAAGAAAAAAUAAAGGUUGAAAAGCCUCUAAAAGAAGAAAUAAAGGUCGACAAACCUCCCAAAGCAGAAGCAAAGGUUAAGAAGCAUGUCAGAGAAGAAGUGAAGGCCAAGAGGCUACCUGAAGAUAAAAUAAAGGUUGAGAAACCUUCCAAAGAAGAACUAAAGGUCAAGAAGACUCCACAAGAAGAAAUAAAGGUUGAGAGACAUCCUAAAGAAGAUAUAAAGAUCAAAAAGUCUCUAAAAGUAGAAAUAAAGAUCAAAAAGCGUCCACAAGAGGAAAUAAAAGUUGAGAAGCCUCCCAAAGAAGAAAUAAAGAUUGAGAAACCACUCAAAGAAGUAAUAAAGCUCAAGAAGCCUUUAAAAGACGAAAUAGAGAUCGAGAAGCCUCCCAAAGAAGAAGCGAUGGUUAAGAAGCCUGUCAGAGAAGAAGAGAAGGCCAAGAGGCUACCUGAAGACAAAAUAAAAGUUGAGAAACCUCCCAAAGAAGAACUGAAGGUCAAGACACCUCCAAAAGAAGGAAUAAAAGUUGAGAAACCUCCCAAAGAAGAAAUUAAGGUCAAGAAGCCUCCACAAGAAAUAAAGGUCAAGAAACAUCCUAAAGAAUAUAUAAAGGUCAAGAAGCCUAUAAAAGACGAAAGAAAGGUUGAUAUGCCUCCCAAAGAAGAAAUUAAGGUCAAGAAGCCUCCACAAGAGGAAAUAAAGCUUGAGAAACCUCCACAAGAAGAAAUAAAGGCUGAUAAAAUUCCCAAAGAUGAUAUAAAGGUAGAAAAACGUUCCAAAGAAGAAAUAAAGGUCAAGAAGCAUCCACAAAAAGACAUAAAGGUCGAGAAACAUCCUAAAGAAGAUAUAAAGGUACAGAAACAUCACAAAGAAGAAAUAAAGGUUGAGAAGCCUCCUAAAGAAGGAAUUAAGGUCAAGAAGCCUCCACAAGAAGAAAUAAAGAUCCAGAAACAUCCUAAAGAAGAAAUAAAGAUCAAGAAGCCUAUAAAAGAAGAAACAAAGGUUAAGAAGCCUCCUAGAGACGAAAUAAAGGUCAAGAAGCCCCAACAAGAAGAAAUAAAAGUUGAGAUGCCUCCCAAAGAAGAAAUUAAGGUCAAGAAGUCUCCACAAGAGGAAAUAAAGGUCAAGAAACAUCCUAAAGAAGAUAUAAAGGUAGAGAAACAUCACAAAGAAGAAACAAAGGUUGAGAAGCCUCCUAAAGAAGAAAUUAAGGUCAAGACGCCUCCACAAGAAGAAAUAAAGAUCCAGAAACAUCCUAAAGAAGAUAUAAAGGUUGAGAAACAUCCUAAAGAAGAUAUAAAGGAAGAGAAACAUCACAAAGAAGAAAUAAAGGUUGAGAAGCCUCCUAAAGAAGAAAUUGAGGUCAAGAAGCCUCCACAAGAAGAAAUAAAGAUCCAGAAACAUCCUAAAGAAGAUAUAAAGGUAGAGAAACAUCCCAAAGAAGAAAUAAAGAUCAAGAAGCCUCUAAAAGAAGAAAUAAAGGUUAAGAAGCCUCCUAAAGAUGAAAUAAAGGUCAAGAAGCCCCAACAAGAAGAACUAAGGGUUGAGAUGCCUCCCAAAGAAGAAAUUAAGGUCAAGAAGUCUCCAGAAGAGGAAAUAAAGGUCGAGAAACAUCCAAAAGAAGAUAUAAAGGUAGAGAAAUAUCACAAAGAAGAAAAAAAGGUUGAGAAGCCUCCUAAAGAAGAAAUUAAGGUCAAGAAGCCUCCACAAGAAGAAAUAAAGAUCGAUAAACAUCCUAAAGAAGAUAUAAAGGUCAAGAAGCCUAACAAAGGCGAAAGAAAGGUUGACAAACCUUCCAAAGAAGAAGCAAAGGUGAAGAAGCAUGUCAGAGAAGAAGAGAAGGCCAAGAGGUUUCCUGAAGAAAAACUAAAGGUCGCGAAACCUUCCAAACAAGAAAUAAAGGUCAAGAAGCCUCCUAAAGAGGAAAUAAAGGUCGAAAAACAUCCCAAAGAAGGAAUAAAGUUGAAGAAGCCUCUAAAAGAAGAAAAAAGGGUUGAGAUGCUUCCCAAAGAAGAAAUUAAGGUCAAGAAGCCUCCACAAGAACAAAUAAAGGUCGAGAAACAUCCUAAAGAAUAUGUAAAGGUAGAGGAACAUCCCGAAGAAGAAAUAAAGAUUAAGAAACCUCUAAAAGAAGAAAUAAAGGUUAAGAAGCCUCCCAAAGAAGAAAUUAAGGUCAAGAAGCCUCCACAAGAGGAAAUAAAGGUUGGGAAACAUCCUAAAGAAGAAAUAAAGGCUGAGAAGCCUCCCAAAGAAGAAAUAAAGGUAAAGAAGCCUCCACAAGAGGAAAUAAAGCUUGAGAAACCUCCACAAGAAGAAAUAAAGGAUGAUAAAAUUCCCAAAGACGAUAUAAAGGUAGAAAAACCUUCCAAAGAAGAAAUAAAGGUCAAGAAGCCUCCACGAAAAGAAAUAAAGGUCGAGAAACGUCCCAAAGAAGAAAUAAUGGUCAAGAAGCCUCGAAAAGAAGAAAUAAAGGUUGAGAAGCCUCCCAAAGAAGAAAUACAGGUCAAGACGUCUCCACAAGAGAAAAUUAAAGUUGAUAAACCUCCCAAAGACAAAAUAAAGGUCAAGAAGCCUCCACAAGAAGAAAUAAAGGUCGAGAAGUCUCCCAAAGAAGAAAUAAAGGUCAAGAAGCCUCUAAAAGAAGAAAUACAGUUAAAGAAGCCUCCCAAAGAAGAAAUAAAGGUCAAGAAGCCCCCACAAGAAGAAAUAAAGGUCGAGAAGCCUCCCAAAGAAGAAAUAAAGGUUGAGAAACCUCCCAAGGAAAAAAGAAAGGUCAAGAUGCCUCCAAAAGAAAAAAUAAAGUUCAAAAAGUCUCCACAAGAGGAAAUAAAAAUUGAGAAGGCUCCCAAAGAAGAAAUAAGGGUCAAGAAGCCUCGAAAAGAAAAAAUAAAGGUAGAGAAGCUUCCCAAAGAAGAAGCAAAGGUCCCAAAGCAUCCUAAAGAAGAAAUAAAGGUCAAGACACCUCCAAAAAAAGAACAAACGGUUGAGAAACCUCCUAAAGAAGAAAUAAUAGUAAAGGCUGAGAAACCUCCCAAAGAAGAAGCAAAGGUCCCAAAGCCUCUGAAAGAAGAAAUAAAGGCCAAGAAGCCUCCCAAAGACGAAAUAAAGGCUGAGAAGUCUCCUAAAGAGGUCACAGUCGUCAAAAAGUCUCCCAAAGAAAAAAUAAUGGUCAAGAAGCCACCCAAAGAAAAGCAGCAAGAUAAGAAAGUUGUGGAAGAAAAAAUAAAGGUUGGGAAGCCUCCAAAAGAAGCAACAAAGGCCGUGAGGCCUCCCAAAGAGAAGAAAGAAGAAAAUACACUUGUCAAAGAAGAAAUAAAGAUUGAGAAACUUCCCGAAGAGAAGAAAGAAUUUAAGAAAUCUGCCAAACUGGAAACAAAGGCAAAGAAGACUCCAAAAGAACAAAUGGUCGAUAAGAGAGAACAAACUAAACUUUCAACAGAAGGAAAAUCUGAGCGAAAACGCCCAACAGAAAAAAGAGAAGUAAAGAAACCUAAAGAAGACAUCAAGCCCAAAAGAACAAUUAAGCGGGAGUUUGCAUCUGUCCUCAGGAAGGAUCAUCUUAAUGUAACAAAACCUGAAACAGCUCCAAUCAAAACCAAAAAGAUGCCGACAGUGAAAAAGCUGGAAAUGCCAGACAGAAAUGUGUCCAUGACAAAGACAAAAGUGAAGGCUGUUCCAUUGAGGAAAGUUCCUGUGGCUCCAAAAGAAAAAGUGAAAGUGGAAAAAGUAGAAAAAUUUGCUGAGGUUCUUAAGGAGAAGAAGGUUGAACCAAUCACUCCCAAGAAAGCAACUGUUAUUAAGGAAAAACCAACACCUGCUGAAAAGAAGAAAGAAAAAGUUGUUCUGAAGAAGACCACUAAGCAAGAAGUUAAAGAAGACAGAGUUCUUAAAGAGAAACAGGAGCCGGCAAAGACAGGAAAACCUGGGGAGAAGAAGGUUGCCAGGGAGGAGAAGGCUGAAGAAAAGCUUAUGGACAGCUUUCCCAUGGAUGAUGAGCUGCCGUACUUCCAGUGUUUCUUCCUGGAUGAGGAUGAGGCGCAGUUUCCGUUUUACGCCUUCUCCCCUCUGCACAUUUAACUCCUAGUCUUUAUCUAAUCUUACGUUACCUUACUGAUAAUGACAUGGUCCUAUCAGACCCUGGGCUGCAGGGAAAUGGCAGCACCUGUUUACUGGUCCAACUGGAGGUCAGAGCAGGACAUCAGGGUAAACUGUGAAGGACUGAUUUUAUUUAUGUGUUUUCAGGCCUGGUUGAGCUCUCUUUUUGAAUACAUGAAUACAGUGGCAUUGCCUUUAUCUUUUAUUUCCAUUUCUUUCCACAACAAAUUGCAUUGCAGUAAUAUUUGCAAAUCUUUUGCAAAUCACUUUCCUAGGACUCAGUCUAUAUAGAAAAAGCCUAUACGGCUGCAGAAAAUAAUUCAUUUUGAUGCAGUACUACAAGGUUAAAUAUUUGUAACUAUUCUCUAUCUUCAUCUUGUCAUCAUCUCACUAAUUUUAAGGUUUUUUUUUCCAAAACAAAUUCCUCUUACCAUAUUUUUUAGGUUAUGUGUAGUAGAUCAGUUAUGAGAUGGAAUGACCACGCGUUGCAUCUGAGAGCUCCCAGACUGAAUGGCAGGAUGAUACCUGCAAUUAAGUUUUAUUUAAUAGAACCAUCUGCACCAAGUGCUUGUUUAAACAUUGGUGCUACUACAUGUCCUGAACUCUCAGGUUUGAGUUUAGGUUGGUUUUGUGAUGGUUUUUACCAUCUGGUCUCUGUAAUUCCUUGACUGUCCAAACAUAUGACAUUGUUACCGGCUGUUUAUUUGUGUACACAAAGAAGAAACUUGAUAUAUUUGGGGUAAGUAGGUUCUUUUGUACUUAAGCCCAGGUAAAUUUGUCUGUGUUUUGCUAUGUACAUAUAACAAUGCAAACCUAUUAAAUGCAUCUUACAAUACAGUGGAGACCUGUGUCAUAACCUGAGCAGGAAACAUCCUGAUAGUGAGAUGUUUACUGAGGGCUAAACCUGACAUUGGUUAUGCAGUAACAACUGAUUUGCAUAUCCAUUGCUUCUGAUAAGCAAUGUUAGUGACUGCAUGGUUGAUUUCAUGCAGAGACUUAAAUAUUUUCUGAGCUGCGGUCCUACUUUGACCUGGCAACACAGAAUUUUUGAGAUGCUCACAGAAUGAGCCUCACCAGCUGCAUAUGGUUCAAUGGAUUUUGCACCAUAUGCUGCACAGAAGACAGGAGUGUUCUGAUUUAAGGCACCAAACCUGAGUCAAAUGUAAAACUACAUCCAGCUUCAAAUUAAAUUAAUAGUCUAAGAAUGGGGCAAACUUUGCAGCUUUCCAGUAAAUUAAACUGUAAAAGCUACGAUUUAGAGCGAUGUUUAAAAAAUACUCAUAAAAGAUGUGGUUGGUUUGUCCAUAUGUGACAGUGAGUUGUCCUCUCUUUGGAUAUUGUAGAAGAAUGUGCAAUACUUAGUAUUUGACGAUCCCAUUGGUUUUAUGGUAUCUUUGGGAUGUCAGUCUUUUAAUAACCUGUGCAUGUUGCGUGUGUGUUUUAUGCUCUCAGAUGUUGAGCCUACAUGAUGUUUUCCUCCUAAUUAAAACCUAAAUAAUAGCAGGAAUGCUUGAAGCUUUCAAGUAAUUUGGAACCAGAAACACAGUUUAUUUGACAAACAUAAUGUAAAUAGUUUAAUAAACAAAAUAAAAAUGUUUAUUUUAUCUUGAACCAUUACCACUGGAACUGCAUUUUCCCUGCUGUAAAAUUGUAUGUUUAAAGUUGUCAGGCAUGCCCUCAGUAUAUUUGACAAUAGAAACAGUCACUGUCAUUUAACUGUCAUUUAAACAUUGUACUGUAAAUUUUUUUUCCUUCAGGAUUCCAACCACGACAUCUAUAACAAUGACAAUAAAGUAUGUUUUUUUAGGUGGCA